UUUGCGGGGGGCUUUUCCCUCGCAGCCGUGGCUGGGGCCCGCCGACCGGCUGAGGCGGGAGGGCGGGCCGGGGGCCGGGCGGGAAGGCGGGCUGCUCCGGCAUGGCGGAGGUGGUGGAGUUCCGGGUGCCCGCGGGGAGCGCGCAGACGCUGCUGGUCUGGGGGCUGGAGCCGGGGCCGGGCCUGGAGCAUUCCCUGUUUUCAGCGUUUUCCAAAUUUGGGCUGCUCUACUCUGUGCGAGCACACAGAAAUGCUGCUGUGGCAGGGCCUGGGUAUUACGCCAUCAUCAAGUUUUAUUCAGCUGGAGAUGCCAGCAGAGCCCAGCGCAUGUGCAAUGGGCAAAGGCUGUUUCAGAAAUCUCCCUUGAAGGUUUGUGUUUGCACCAAGCAGAAAGGGUUUCAGCAACAAGUCCUUGCUCUCAACAGCAGCAAGUGCCAGGAGCUGGCCAACCACUACCUUGGCUUUAACGGCUGGUCCAGUCGCAUCAUCACACUGCAGAAUGUAUCUGGCUUUGAUGGUGAGAAUGAGGAACGGGGAAAGACAUUACAGAAGCGAUCUGUGAAAUACCUGUGUGCUAUAGAGGUGACGCUGCCCAACCACGGGGUACGCACCAGGGGAGUUGCCCUUGGUGAAGCAGAUGUAGAAAAUGGUGAAGAUCCUCUUGAGUUUGUCACAGCCACAAGAAGAGUUCAGAAACUUGCAGUCGGGAAAGCUUUGUCUAGUGCCUUUCAGAAGAUACUCCUCGUAGUCUUGGAGAAUGGGAAAGUGGUCGUGGAGUACAAUUCCUCCCAAGAGGAGCCCACAGACUUCCUAACAGAAGAGGAACUGAAGGGGCUUGUUCAGAGAGCUGACCUAACAUGUAAUGACCAUAAGAGAAGUGAGCAGCAAAGUCAAACAGAAAGCCUGCUGCUUCUCAAACCUCUCUUCCCUGAAGAGUCAUCCCUCACCUCCCCUGCCAUCUCACUUCCCUUGUGAUGGUGUGUGGGAGGUUAUUCAGCGCUCGCUCUCUGCAAGGCACCUUCCAGCCUGAUAGGAAGAGGAACAGACAGGAAUUCGGAAGGGCUUGCUUGGGAGGAGAGCUGCUGGGUGUCCUUCUGGUUCAUUGCCUUGUGAUGUCGGUCAGUCUUUCCAAAACGGAAAUGUUCCUGAGUUGGUAAAUUCCAGGGAGGCCGUCCCUUGUAUGUGGUAAAAAUAUAUUGUUUCCAGGUGCAGAGGGAUAAAGCUAAAAUAUGCUGUGGAGAAAGACAUUUACUCUUGAUUUCUCUUCCCAGGUCAAUGAAUUGUCCUUGGAACAGUUUGACCUCAAAGAAGAAGAAGUUUUGUCUGAUCUCAGUUUUGAUGAUGAGCUCCCUAGCUGGGAGAUGCCAUCUGAUUAGUGCAGCUCUGUCUUCACAUAGUUUCCAAAAAUUUUGCAGUGUUUGAUUAGGAAUGAAAGUCUAACGCUGUGAAAUGACAUGUGCAUCAUAGCCAAUGUUUUCUGUUUCUCCAAAUACGUAACAGCAAAAGACAUGGGCAAUAAACCUAGUGUUACUAAAAUUAAGCCCAAAAAUAUAUGCUGUUUUUGGAGAGGAAGUAUUUUCCUGUCAACUUAUUCAGGUCAGCUAUAUAUGGAAGCCAGCUUAGCUACAUGAUUAUUAUUUAGACAGCAUAACAGAUGUGCAUAGCACUU